GCAAAAUUACCAUCAUCGCCCCUCCAAAAUUCUCCCUCCCUAUUCUCUCUCGCCUCUCUCUGCAUCAUCUACUCCUCUAAUCAGAACCCUAAUUUCCAUGGGAGAACCUCAUCAGUCUUUCGUUUAUCACGCUCUCGGCGGUGGGGCAGUUGCCGAUGUCUUGUUGUGGAGGAGAUGGUAUGGGAGUGUCACUGUGCUUUUAGGUUCCACUGCCCUAUGGUUCCUAUUUGAACGAGCUGGCUAUAAUAUUCUAUCCUUUAUCGCCAAUGUUCUUUUGCUUCUAGUCCUAAUUCUCUUUUUCUGGGCUAAAUCUGCAUCUCUUCUCAAUAGACCUCUACCUCCCCUUCCUGAUUUGGAGGUUUCAGAUGAAUGGGUUGUGAAGGCAGGUGCAGUAAUGCGCAUUUGGGUUAACCAUUUACUUACAGUUGCACAUGACAUUGCUAUCGAAGGGAAUGUUAAGCUUUUUAUUCAGGUUGCUUUUGGCUUGUGGGCCGUUUCAUAUGUCGGAAGCUUCUUCAACUUUCUGACUCUGUUCUACAUGGGGGUCAUUUUCAGUCUUGUGAUUCCUCCAUUAUAUGAGAGUUGCCAAGAUCAAAUUGAUGAUAAGCUCAUUUUGGCACAUAACAUCAUCCUUUCUAAGUACAAGAUAAUCAAUGAUACAAUUUUGAAAAAGAUUUAUGUGCCUCUAAACAAGGAAAAGAAGUUUCAGUAAAUCUAAGGUGUGGAGUCUCUAUGUCCCUCUCCUGUACUUUUGGCUAAGCAUGUAGGAUGAACAUACCACGAGCAUUACAAAUGAGUAGAAUGGGAUCAACAGCCAUUUGCUCAAAUGGUUUAGAGGGUGUUGCUGAUAUGUACAAUUUCCUCAUUUUUCUUGUUUUUUGAAGACCAUUGGUGUAACAAAUUCUGGCUAAUGCUUCACUUGCUUUUUCCAAUUAUACUAAACCACUCUAUUUUUUUGGGGGUA